AUGCAAGUGUACCUAGUUACACUAGAUGAUGACAUGAUGUAUGUCAUAUCUUAUGGUCCAAUAAAGAUUAACAAGGAAAGAAGCGAGUGGACAAAUGAUGACAAAAGGAAGAACAAUCUUGACAACCUAGCCAAAAACGCCAUCUACAACACCUUGGACAGAAACACGUUCGCAAAAAUUAGAGCAUGCUCUAUUACAAAAGAAGUAUGGGAGAAAAUCAUCCAACUUAACGAGGGAAACAAGCGAACCAAGGAAAAACAAAUCAUGGUGGCCACUCAGAAAAUUGAAAAUGUCAAGAUGCGUCAUGGAGAAACCAUGAAAGAAUUUAGUGAUCGUUUCACAAGCAUUGUGAAUGAACUUUUUAUUCUGGGAAAGACCUAUGCAAACAAAGAGACAAUCGUCAAAGUGCUAACAACUCUUCCCAGCGCUUGGGAUGUUAAAAUAACGGUGAUGAGAGAAUCCAGAAGUCUUCAAAAGAUGCAGUUGCAUGACGUUUUUGAAGAACUGAAAGCUUAUGAGUUUGAGAUGAACUCAAGAAAUGAAGAUGAGUACUCAACUUUAACAGUGACAAGAGCUCUAGUGUCCUCUGUGGAACCAACAGCCCCAGUACCUAUCAAGUCAGUCGAGCAGUUCAGAGAUGACGCAAUGUCCUUGAGUAUCAAGAAGUUAGGUCUUUACAAGUCGGAGUGUCAGAAACCAAGAACAGAUGACAAAAAGCCAACCGAUCAGAAACCAAGGGAGGAUUAUCAACCAUCCAAACACAAUAACGAGGUCCAGAAAGCCUUGCUAGCUGAUGAUGGCGAAAGCAAGUGGGCUCAAAACGAUUCAGAUAGUGACAAUGAAGAAGUCAGAUGCUUCAUGACAAAUGAUGAAGAGGUAUUCGACUUUGCCUCUAAGGAGUUCACCCGAGAAGAUCUGAUUAUUGCACUCAAUGACAUAGUUAUUGAGUACAAGAAUCUGUCUAAUCUCGUAUCAACUCAGCCAGAUAACCAAACUGGUAGAACACUCGAACUAACCUAUGAGAAUGAAAGGCUCAAGGAGAAAGUUCAAGUGUUGACUAAGGAAAAUGAAAGAAUGAACUACGUGAUUGCUGCAUGGACUAAAUAUGGGGAUGAAGUUAAUCAGAUGACAAGACAUCAAAGGCCUGCCAACUGCAAGUUUGGUUUAGGCUACGAUAACAGUAACUCAGACAAGUCAUGCGAAAUGUCGAAACCCAAGAAAGACAAAUUUCCCUUUAUAAGUUUUGUCAAGAGUACUUCAAUCGACACUAAAGCUAGUCAUGAUACAGAUGAGUUAGAAAUAAAAAAGCAAUUGAAAUAA